UGUCGAGCUGUCCUGUUAGCGGUAGGCUAAUAUCACACAAGGGCAACCAGAGCCAACCGUUAAGUGUUAUGCAGCUGAGACAGUAGCCGUUUCUCAAUAGAAAGCACGCCAAGUCCGGACUCGCAGUGAGAGGACGAGAAACGCACCUGUUGAACCCAGUUGUCUCACUCAUGUGUUGCCGUUAGUUAAGAUGUCGAAUCAGCACCAGCCGGUUUUCCCGAUCCAACAACAGCCCAAUCUGAACUCUGCCUCUUUCCCACAAUUUUUCGUGAAGCCUUUUAACAGUGCUCUUCAAAUGAGAAGGAAUGUAAUAACAGACGAUUACCGUGUAUCGAGUCAGGUGCUCGGGAUGGGGAUCAAUGGCAGAGUGCUGGAAAUAUUCCACAAAGAGAAUGGAGAAAAGUAUGCACUAAAGAUGCUGCAGGAUUGUCCAGAGGCCAGACGAGAGGUGGAGCUCCACUGGAGGGUGUCACCUUGCUCCCACAUUGUGCCCAUCAUAGAUGUUUAUGAGAAUGUCUACCAGGGCAAGAAGUGCCUCCUCAUUGUAAUGGAGUGUAUGGAUGGGGGUGAAUUAUUCAGUCAUAUCCAAGACAGAGGGAAUCAUGCAUUUACAGAAAGAGAAGCCUCAGAUAUCAUGAAAAGUAUAGGAGAAGCCAUACUUUUCUUGCAUUCCAACAAUAUUGCUCACAGAGACAUCAAGCCAGAAAACCUGCUGUACACCUCCAAAAGACCAGAUGCCCUCCUUAAGCUGACUGAUUUUGGGUUUGCCAAAGAAAUCACCACAUUAAACUCAUUGGCAACGCCAUGCUUUACCCCCUACUAUGUCGCUCCAGAAGUUCUUGGUCCAGAGAAGUAUGACAGAUCCUGUGACAUGUGGUCUCUGGGUGUCAUUAUGUAUAUUCUACUUUGUGGAUAUCCUCCUUUUUUCUCACAUCAUGGUCUCGCGAUAUCCCCAGGGAUGAAAAGACGGAUACGUAACGGACAGUAUGAGUUCCCCAACCCAGAGUGGGCCGAUGUGUCUGAGGAAGCCAAACAACUGAUCCGCCACUUACUGAAAACCGAGCCCACCCAGAGGAUGAGCGUCACAGAGUUCAUUAACCAUCCAUGGAUUAAUCGGUCCGUGGAGGUGCCACAAACGCCUCUUCACACCAGCCAUGUGCUGCAUGAGGAACAAGACGUCUGGGAGAAAGUUAAAGAGGAAAUGACAAAUGCCCUGCAAACGAUGAGAGUGGAUUAUGAUCAAAUUAAAAUCAAAACUAUUGAAGACUCAACUAAUCCUCUCCUCUUGAAGAGAAGAAAGAAAACUAAAAACUCAGCCACACAACCUCCAGGCUAGCGAUAUAAAGACUUUUAUAAGACUUUUAAAAGGUAUUUUGUUUCACACAGACACACCAGCACACAUGCAUAACAUUUUUGAGAAAAAAAGCUUUCAAGAGGAACUUUAGGAAA